AUGGAUCUCUCGUGCCGGAUCUCCUUGGUUUAGAAAUCACAUGCAAGGUGUGUGUAAACACCCACUGUUUGUUAUUUUUCAUGUAAAAAUAUGUGGCUUAGUUAUCAAAAGUCAAAAGGAUCAUUGAAUUUCAGUCAAGUUUUAAAUAUCAGUUGGAAUGGCAACCAUAUUGUUAAAUGAAGAAACCGAACAAAGUCGAAAGCUAAACAUGGAUGCCCAAGACACAAAGAAUACUACGUUAAGUGGAGUGUCAAAUCACCGAAAAAUGAUGGCAAUGCCUGCCCUGAAAAUCUUAGGUGACCUUGAUCAUUCAGAGAAAAGUUUUGAUGUUCUCAUGGCUGUCAUGGACAGGUGUUGUCGAGAACCGAAUAAUCAAGGGGUUUUUCUUGGAUGUGGUAAAGAUGAUGAAUUAGACCACAAACUAGCUUUUGCAUUCACCAAAUGGUUCCUUGGAAGAUUUGCAAUAAUUUUUACGAGAAAGUCAUACAUGAAAGCAUUCACUCCCUUCAUUGAGUUGAAUGUUAAGAUUCUGAAUUUGUUCCGUGAUAAAGAACCAAACCAGUUUAGAAGUCUUAUAAAUGAAUUUGUUAACUUAUUGAAGGAAUUAGCUGUGAUUGUAUCUAAACUGUCAAAUGAAGAAUUUUAUAACCAUCAAAGCUUCAAAUUGCAGUCUUUUGUUCCUAAAGAGCCUGUAGCUCUUGCAACAGAUUGUCUUUUGAAGAUGGAUGGCUUAGAAUUAAAUUCUUUACAAGAAUGUUCUCUUCUUCAAAGCAAUAUUACCAAGAUCAUUGCUAUGUCAGCUGACGGCAUUCUGCAAUAUGACCCACAGUUGUGCAGCAAACUUGUCUGCAUUCUAUUGGAUCAAUUGAAUUAUGGAGAGAUCUGUACAUUUAAAUCUACUUUGAAUUGUCUUGGACAGAUCUUGGUACAUGAUUGUUCGACAAGAGUUCUCGAGAUUUUUCUACGUUACGCAUACCGCUUGGUCAACCUAUUGAUGGAUAAAAACAAUCAAGUGUGGAAUGAAAAUAGCGAAAAUAGCUCCAGUGAAAUAGGAGUUGCUCUAAUUGAAUGCCUUAGUCGCGUAUCUAAUCCUUUUGGCACGUGCAGCAUGACUAAUCACCAAUACCUGAGGCUCAUCAGUUUCGUUUUACUUCAUGAACAAUUUCAUCAGCCUAUUGUCCUCAACAACCUCCUGCAAAGCAUGCUUGGUGCACUCCAAAGGUUUACAUGUCAAGAAACGACUUCUCUUUGUAGAUUUACACCUGACCUCUGGAUCAAGCUGUUGAAACAUUCGUGUGCUGCUAUUCCUCCCAUACUGAUAAUCCUUCAAAGUGAAAUGGAUCCUGGAGACAGUCCAAUUGAAACAAGUGAACCCUUAGCCAAAAGACUGAAAUUUGAUUUUCUUCCGCCGUUGACGCCCGCAACUCUAUGGGAGCAACUCAAAAAUCGUUGGGCUCUAAUACUAGACCAACAAGUUACAGCUCAACCAGUUGAGAUGACAGAUAUAACAGCGCUUGUAAGAAUCGCGAUAGCUGGAAUCAAAUUAAAGCUGAAAUGGCGUGAAAUGAAUUCAGUCAUGGACGACACAGAUUUUGAAAAUCUAAAUGGGAAAAUUUGCCAAAUACUUUUAACUGGAGAAAUCAGCAACGAAAAUAUGGACAAUGUCGUAGCCAUUAUAUGCGAGUAUUUGGCCAGCUGUAUCCCCCUAACCUAUACCGGAAUCGACAAGAGUGUCGCACUAGCGUGGUUCGCCCUUUCAGCACUUCCUUGGCUGUCGUCAGUGUCGGAAUCGUGUGAUCUGGAAGUCAAAUGGAUCCAAGUGAGCCGCAGAUUCAGAUCCUCAUUCCUAAAACACCAAAGCAGCUUUGCCAGCUGCUUCGUCAAGUUCCCCGUCGGUUUUUUUAAACCUUGGGCUGUUGAAAUUGGCUUGAAAAUUUUGGACAUUGAAUUUUUGCAAGCUGAUGCUGGAACACUUAUACCGUCUCUUCCGUGGAUUGUCCGUCACAGUAAAUCGUUUCGCGAAGCCAUCAGUCAGUGUCUAACAACUAUUUUGGCUUCUGGCUCAAAAGAAGAGAUAAAGGAGUUAACAAAAAACGGAACAGAUUUGGUCUGUGCCCUAUCAGGCAAAAUGAAUGUUGUCAAUAACUGCGAAGAUGGAUUGAGCUUACGUUGCACACACAACCUGGACAAUCUUGCUACGUCACUAAAGGUUAGCAUCGUUCCUGAAAACAUGGCACUUUUCUUCCUCGAGUUUGUUUUUGAUGAAAAUGAUCAUUCCGUACUUCAUCGCGUGGAACUUUUUCGCUCUGUGCUUUAUCAUUCUGCUCGAACUGAAGCACUGCGUUUAUCUGUCACCAAGAAGUUGCACAAAGCGGCGCAAAUGUCCGUUGAAAAAAACUUUGCAUAUCUACAAAGCACUGUUUUAAAGUGUACGACCAUCCUAGUACAAUUUUGGAAGGAAACUGUCAUGUCAGACUGCUUUCACGUUGUAUUUAAGAUCUUACUACUGUCUUCCUAUGCUGCUCCCGUGAUGUGCUGGACUUCAUCGACAAUCAAAGAAAUCGCAUCGAAAUUGAACGUAACUCCAGAAAUACUCUUCCAGCGCCAUGUCACAAUCGUUUGUGAUGUCCUACUCAGUAAUCCUGAUUUCGAAUGGAGAAACAGUUUACUCUCCUUAGCCCCGGAAAUAUUUAUGAGCUCUUCCCACAUUACCUCGAAUGUCCAUCAAUGGCUCUUGCUUCUGAUACCAACAUUGAUACCACGAUUGGUGGUAGAAAGGGCAAAGGCUCCUAGCCCAUUUUUCGAAGAAAUUUGCAAUCAAAUGAACAAAAACCCAAGUGAGUUGAUUGUCAAGUACUUUUCAGAUAUUUACGUUCACAUCCUACUGCAUUGUGAUGUCACCGAACAGAACGCUGUCACAUCAUACGUCGAGCGCAUAACCAAACUGAAGCUCCCACUGCUCCGUGCACCGAACUUUCAAUCAGUUCACAAUGAUUUAGUUAUUCAGCUACAUUCUCAACGUGAUCGUGUACUUAAAGCUCUUAAGGUCUUCGCUGACGAGGACAAAUCAGCAGCAAUAUCCACGUCUAACUCUACCGCCAAGAAUCGCUAUCAAACUAAAAGCUUAAACAGUCUUGGUGACUAUCUUCGACCUCGCUUCUUGGGCAUUCUGGUUCAUUUGGAUAGCGUCCUCCUUUCAAAGGUCUUGUCGGACCAUAUCAAGAUAGAAGCCUUGUCAUCACUUUCCGAUUUACUGCAUCUUAUGGGAGCGGAGAACAUCGUCGCUGUCCGGCUAAAAGUGUUGGCUACAUUAAGAACAGCAUUACAACUAACAGAAGAACCCUUUCCCCAAUUAAAUGCCUCAGCUUGGGAUGCCUUCGUAAGAAUACUCGGCGUUCAAGAUUUGGGGCCAUUAGUAAGCCAAAUCGCCGUUAGUAUUCUCCCUCUUCAUUCAUCUUGCGCGGAGCAAAUACGUUCUAUUCUUUAUUACAUCGUCGUUGAAAACGCAGAAACCCUCAAAGAACAUUUGAAAGAUCUUCAUUUUCUUCCCGAACUCCCAGGCCUCGAAGACGUUGUCUAUUCAUUGAAAAAGACGUGCAGCACAAACACCAGCAUUCCGGAACAGCUGUCGUUUUUAAUGCGUAACAUUUCGCACGAAGAUUUUGAAGUCCGAAUGCAAUCGUUGUCACAUUUGAAAUCGAUUGUCCAAAAAAAUUUUGACAUCAUUCAACAGCUGAUUAUGGGUACCAAUGACACGUCAGAGGCGGUACUCACGCGCCUUAUUUCCGCCCUGUUGAAAGGCUGCUCAGUUCGUGAAGAUGAAUUGCUUCUAUUAUACGGCAAAUGUUUCGGUUACUUGGGCGCCGUCGAUCCAGGACGUUUAACUUUCAGCGACCAGCAUAAUGGCGAUUCAACUGUUUACACCGCAACUCUUAUCGACGACGAUUUCACCUUUCACUUGCUGGGUUUACUAGCUCGUUCGUUCCUAGCACCACGCAAUUCACAGAACUUAUCUAUUCUUUCGUUCACCAUCCAACAAAUUUUGAAAAUCUACAACUCUGAAGAUGAUUCGUCGAAAUUAUUUGAAAGUGCAUUGUGGAAUCGUCUUCCGGAGCAACUACGAGUGGCAUUUUCGCCUUUGACUAGUUCUCGCUAUGCCUUGAAACAACAGACGGAAUCAGGCCCAGCUCCUUUUCCACUGUAUCGUUCAACCGCAGGGAAAAGCUACGGCAAUUGGUUGUACAAUUGGACAGCUGGAUUAAUUAAAAAAGUGACUCACCCUCUUGCACAACAGAUUUUUAAUGCCUGCUUGCCAACUGUGCGUCGCGACUUGAACAUCAACCUUUAUCUUUUACCUUACGUUGUCAUCACCGCACUUUGGAGUAGUCCAGUUGAAGAAAGCGCUCGCAUCGGCGAAGAAAUUAUGGCAGUCCUGACGGACCGUGGUUUGCAGAGGAGCCCUCGAAGAAUGAUGAAACGUUAUUCGUCUAGCGCCAGUGCGACAGAUGUCUCUAGUCAAGGAUCGAGCCCUAAAGAUUCCGCCGACGCUAACCUCCAUCAAUCCAGUAUGCAAGGCAUCUUUCAUUUGCUGGAUGAUUUGAAAAAAUGGCUGAAACAAAAGUUAAAUAGCCAUCGUUCCAACAGAAAGGAUCGUUCCAUUACUCUGGAUAAAGAGUACAAAGUGGUCCAAGAACUUGUGGACCGUAUUCCAAAUGAUUUACUAUCCCGAGCCGCAUAUCAGUGCCAAGCAUAUGCGCGUGCCAUUCUCCAUUUGGAGACGCAUUUAAAAGCCAAUCCUACCCAGUUGCGGGAUCAACUGGGAUUCCUUCAGAAACUGUACGUUGCCGUGGACGAACCUGAUGGAGUAGCUGGUGUCUGCGCUAUCCGAGAUCAAGAGCCCAGUCUAGAGGAGAACAUUACCGCUUACGAAGCUACCGGUCGCUUGCAGGAUGCAUUUUCUUGUUACGAACGUAUCAGCCAAAGAGAAGAUUGUUCAUUGGAAUUUUAUCAGGGAAUGUUGCGAUGUUUACUGAAUUUGGAUCUUCCUCAAGGUUCCCUUACUAUGGCUAAUGGACUGUUACAGAAUUGUCCCGAAUGGCGUCGGAAUCUAGAUGACUAUCGUGCCGAAUGUGGCUGGCGCCUUGGCCAAUGGGAUUUGCUUGAAGACGUUGUCAAGCCGUAUGAUUUAACAUCCGCCAACAAUGGUGCGGCAGUCGGUUGGGGCGUUGGGUUAGGACAAGCAUUGCUAGCCACGAAGACAAACGAUCUGCCAAAAAUGGAAAAAUACUUGCGUUCAGUGCGGCUGAAACAAAUGCGAGUGAUAAGCGCCAUCAACCUCGAACGCAACUCGUAUCCACGAGCCUACGAAAAUUUUGUUAGACUGCACAUCUUAUCGGAGAUGGAAUCGGCCGUGUCGCUCCUGGAUCCAGCAUUGGUUACAAAAGAGAGUGCCUUUCGAGCACGUUUUAGCGAACUUCUGAAAAAUUGGAACCAACGGUUGGAUGGAGUGCAGGCUUCGGUGCGUUACACGGAACCGGUGUUGAUUGUUCGUCGUGUUGUAUUGAAAUUAAUUGGCCAACAAGUAGAGACUAAACAUCCCCAACUGAUGGAAGAAAUCGAAGCUGAAAUCGGGAAAAGUUGGCUAGUCAGCGCCCGUUUAGCCCGGAAGGCCGCUCAUUUCCAGCGUGCACAUAUUUUGCAAUUGGUUGCUAGCACAAGCCCUUGCCCUCCACCGGCCAUAUAUAUGGAACAGGCUAAACUCCAUUGGGCUAAAGGCGAACAAGAUCAAGCCAUCACAGUAUUGAAGCGUGGAGUUGAAAAACGUUUUCCUGACUUGCAGGCGGUGCAAAUCGAAGCUGCCGGACUUGAACCUAACAAAUUCACCAGUGACGUUCUUGAAUGUUUAAAAGCCAAAUUGUUACUUGCACGUUACUACGAUGAGACUGGCCAUGCAGAUAUGAACACUAUCAUCAGAUACUACAAAGAAGUGACCGAGAUCAGCAAGGUGUGGGAAGAAGGAUUCUUCCGUUUGGCUGGUUACUAUGAUGUGCUGUGGAACAAUCUUGAAGGAACCAAGGAGAAUCAUCUUGAUAUGGCACGUUACAUCAUUACCAAUCUAGGUCGUUCGAUGAUGUAUGGAAGCCAAUUUAUCUAUCAGGCGAUGCCCCGAAUGCUUUCCCUCUGGAUGGAAUUAGGCACAGCGGAAGCUGAGAAUCCCAAAAUCUACAAGAAUAGCAGCAGUCGAGUCAAGAUGACUGAUGUGACAAGGGCUAUUGAUGUCGCACACGAAAAAAUUCCUGCUUACAAAUUUCUGACGGCAUUUCCUCAAUUGAUUUCAAGAAUUUGUCAUCCGCAUCCGGAAGUGGCUGCUCUUCUUCGACGUAUCAUUGCAAAAACUCUUGUUGCUCACAUGCAGCAAUGUAUGUGGAUGAUGAUUUCAGUUUUGAAAUCGUCUUACAGUGUUAGAGCAAAGCGUUGCCGAGAGAUCAUCGAUAUGGUUGCAUCUAACCAACCGAGUGUGAGGAAAUUCUUCGGAGAUGCCACGAAUUUAGCGGACAGGCUUGUCGAAUUAGCCAAUAAACCUGUCGAAGACGGCGUAAUGGUACUUUCGGUCGAAAAAGCUUUUAGAGCUCUUCCUAGUCUUCUCAGCCAAUCGCAUUUCAGUAAAAUUAUGGUUCCAUUGCAAUGGCUGAUGACGGUGACAUUGCCUACUACCCCAGGCGAGAACGUGGAACACAAUCCGUUUCCAAAGGAUUCUGUCUAUAUUGUUGGCGUGGAAGAUACCGUAGAGGUAAUGCAUUCGUUGCAAAAACCGAAGAAAAUUUCAAUCCGUGGAUCUGAUGGCAAAUUGUAUGUUUUCCUCUGUAAACCGCAAGAUGAUUUGCGAAAGGAUUUUAGGUUGAUGGAAUUCAAUCAACUGGUUAAUCGUUAUCUUGUUCGCGAUCCCGAAUCCCGGAAACGCAAUCUGCAUAUCCGAACUUACGGAGUUGUUCCAUUAAAUGAAGACUGCGGUCUCAUCGAAUGGAUUCCUAAUCUGAUUGGUUUGAGAAUCGUACUCAACCGGAUAUACAGAGAAAAGGGUUGUCUUAUGAGCAACACGGAAUUGAGAAAGAGGACGCCUCAUCUUCGGGAUACGCUUUUGCGUAAAAGAGAACUAUUUGAAAAAGAUAUUCUACCGCGGUAUCCUUCUGUGUUCAGUGAAUGGUUCUUGAGCACAUUCCCCGAUCCCCAAGAUUGGUUUUUAGCUAGGCUAAGUUAUGUUCGAACGACGGCCGUGAUGUCCAUGGUAGGAUUCAUUGUUGGCCUUGGAGAUCGCCACGGAGAAAAUAUCCUUUUUGACGCAGUAUGUGGCGAUGCAGUUCACGUGGAUUUUAGUUGUCUCUUUAACAAAGGUCUUUCCUUUGAAUGGCCUGAACAAGUUCCGUUUCGUUUAACACACAACAUGAUCGAAGCCAUGGGGGCGACUGGGGUUGAGGGUUCGUUUCGGAAAUGCUGUGAAGUAACGUUACAUGUGCUAAGGAAAGAAAUUGACACACUUCUUAGUGUACUGAAGCCGUUUGUUCAUGAUCCACUCGUGGAGUGGUCAAAGAAAUCCAUAAAUAAAGGUCGGACUGAUCUUCCCGAGAUUAAAAAUGAGCAGGCUUUAGAACAUGUCGAAAAUAUCAAAAUGAGAUUGCAAGGCUAUUUUCAACAAUCCAAUUCGAAGAAUAAAAUGAAAUACCGACUGUCUGUCGAAGGACAAGUCAACCAGCUUAUUGCUGAAGCUACCAACGUGGACAAUUUAUGCCAAAUGUAUAUUGGAUGGGCAGCCUAUAUGUGAUAGUGCAUUACACUGUUUCGAGGGUGACCGACAUUCUUUGAGUUGAAUUUAGCGAUAUUUCGAUCAAGCUCUUGUGUUUCGUAUUUAAUCAUUCCGUAAUCUUCAAAGAAGAAUAAAGAAAUUGC